GCAACACUUGGCUGUGAUGCCCUUAUGAUAUCAUGAUGACAUCAUACCAACACACCUCAGAACCUUAGGACAUACACACAGAGUGGCACAUUUAGACACAUUCAGACUCAACAUCUCCUUGCUCUGAGAGUUGUGCUGUUAGAAACGUCUUAGAAACAUUAUCAUUGACAGACUCAGCAGAGGACACUAACUCUCUCUCUUCUCCGGCUCUUGGAACAAGUUGAGAGCUCCCUAGCACGUCAGGACUAAGUUCAGAGCCUAAAAUGGAUAGGACUAGGACGACUAGGAGGCUUAAAAGGGGGACCUGCACUUGCAAGAAGACCGACUGGCAGCACAGGACAAGGGUCUCUGAAGGUGAACACUCGGACACCUCUCAGGACGAUGUCCGUGUGAGACUAUUGAAGAGCAGAGCCAGAGAAGACGAAGCAGGACCGUCCUCUUCAGUGGACGUUCACAGAGAAAACCUCAUCUCAUCUGCGAAGGAUGAGAGCAAGAGAGGCGGUAAGAGAAAGAAGAAGAGGAGCCCAGACCUGGACCUGACAGAGUCCGAGGACGACAAACUGUGCACCCCACAAAAUGUGCCCGCACACGUGCAAAGAGAGCUCCCUAGCACGUCAGGACUAAGUUCAGCGCCUAAAAUGGAUCGAACUGGGACGACUAAGAGGCUUAGAAGGAGGACCUGUCCUUACAAGAAGACCGUCUGGCAGCACAGGACAAGGGUCUCUAAAGAGGAUGUGAGCAAGAGAGGUGGUAAGAGAAAGAAGAAGAGGAGCCCAGACCUGGACCUGACAGAGUCCGAGGACGACAAACUGUACACCGCACACAAUUUGCCAACACGUGUGAAAAGAGCUGCAUUCGAGGCUAAAUAUCAACAGGAGGAGAAGCUCGGCGAAGGAGGGUGUGGAUCUGUGUUUGCUGGCUAUCGCAAAGCAGAUCAUUUGCCUGUUGCCAUCAAAUACAUCCCGAGCAAAUAUCAGUACAUCAAACACGUGGAUGGGAAUACGCUCUCUGGGGAGGUCGCCAUCUUGUUGAAACUGGCGGCCGAAACACGUGGCUCAGCGGGCUCCUCGGCACCUGUGUCCCUACUGGACUGGUAUGAUCUGGAACAGGAGCUGAUCCUGGUGCUGGAGAGACCAGACCCCUGCAUGGACAUGGCCACGUACAUCUGGUCAAAGGGAGGCUCCUUAAGAGAGGAAGAGGCCAAGAUCAUCCUGAAACAGCUGGUUGAUGCGUUAAUUGAGCUUCAGGAUAAGAGCAUCUUUCACCGGGACAUCAAGGUGGAAAAUAUCUUGAUCGAGACCGGCUCGGACGUCCUGCGAGUUCGUCUCAUUGACUUCGGACUGAGCUGCUUCGUGAAGACAGAAGCCACUCUCCGCCACUACUACGGUACCCCUAAUCUCUUCCCUCCGGAGUGGUACAAUGGUCAAGGCUACAGCGCCGGCCCAACCACAGCGUGGCAGGUUGGAGUGGUCAUGUUUCAAACGCUCCACAGGGACAACUCUUUUGAGACCCUCGCGUUCCUCGAAAACGGGGUGACGUUCAACAAGAGGCUGUCCAAAAAUUGCAAGGAUCUCUUGGAAAUGUGUUUGAUUGAAGACCCCGAACAGCGCCUGACCCUGGAGCAGCUCAAGCAUCACCCAUGGCUCAGAUAAACCAACCCGGAACACACACGUCCUCGCCAUACAAUACUCAAGUCUUCCAAGUAUUAAUGUUGCUCUAUAUUUGACAGGAAGAACGUGAGGAUCCGGGGCGGCCAGCCUGUGAUAGGCUGGCGAGGUCACCGGCCUGUGAUAGGCUGGCGAGGUCACCGGCCUGUGAUAGGCUGGCGAGGGCACCGGCCUGUGAUAGGCUGGCGCUACAGGGCCGGCCCCAUGUGGUCCUGUUUGAGCGACGAUGGCCUUGCGACCCGGUCACCAGCCUGUGAUGGCCUGGCGACCCGGUCACCAGCCUGUGAUGGCCUGGCGACCCGGUCACCAGCCUGUGAUGGCCUGGCGACCCGGUCACUAGCCUGUGAUGGCCUGGCGACCCGGUCACCACCCUGUGAUGGCCUGGCGACCCGGUCACCAGCCUGUGAUGGCCUGGCGACCCGGUCACCAGCCUGUGAUGGCCUGGCGACCCGGUCACUAGCCUGUGAUGGCUUGGCGACCCGGUCACCACCCUGUGAUGGCCUGGCGACCCGGUCACUAGCCUGUGAUGGCCUGGCGACCCGGUCACUAGCCUGUGAUGGCCUGGCGACCCUGGAUAGGUCACCAGCAUUCCUUGAAAACGGGGUGACGUUCAACAAGAGGCUGUCCAAAAGUAAC